AUGCGCGCGGCACUAGAAGUCUGCGGCGAGUUCUUAAGCCGCAUUGGCGCGCUCCAAGACGUCGGCGCCAUCGCUGAGAUGAUGCACAAGUCGGGUAUGGAGCUGGCCGAGACGAGUUCGUUCCGUUGGAGAGCGCUAUUGGCUGCAAUUCGACACGAACUGGAUGCUGAACCCAUGGACAGUGUCUUCCUCUUUGAGCGGCUGCUGCAGCUGGACGUUCUGAUGCCCACGGACUCGAGCCUCGCACUGUUUCGAUCACCACUGUUUCUACAUCUAGUGGUUGAGAGAUUCGCCGUAGCUUUUGAAGGGCUAGAUGCUGAGUUAUUCAAGUUAGAGAGUGACGAGUUGUGUCAUGUUGAUGGCCUUUAUGAGACGUGCUUGCUGGUCAGAGACAAGAUACGAGCCGGAGACUGUUGGAACGAGAAGCUCGGGACGUUUCUCGAGACGUUUAAGCAGAUUUUCGAGCACAACGAGCCAAAAGAGUGCUGGGAUGUUUUUUAUGAAUCGUACCAACUGAAGAGCUCUGCUUUCCGACGUGACAUGAAGCGUGCAUUGUGUAUGAUCGAAUCCGCGGCACUCGGUCCGACAAAACUCGAGCUCGCUUUCCCUACGGAGAUCACUGGAGACACAACGAAAGCAAUACCGCGAGCUAUGCUGGAACGAAGAUUUGUUGGCACUCGACGAGAAUGGCGAGACAUGUCUCAUAUUAUCUCCAUCUCAAAUGACGAGCAAGAACAACAAGAGCAGCAGCAGCAGGACGAAGAACGAGAAGCACGAGUGUCCAUCAGCACUGAUAAUGUUACUUUGCAAACAUCUAUCGAGUUCCCUGAAGUCCAGGACUGGGUCUGGCCGACGAAUGCUCCAUCUUCUUCAAAUAACGUGAAAAUGGAGGUAGUGCAUUCCGACGUUUUGGACGAAUCUCCGACACUCGAGCGGCCUGAAUCAUCAAGACCGCCACGUGCUGCAGAAGUAGCGAGGGUGACUCGCCGAGAAGGUCGUCGUGCUGUUGCUCGUACCAGGGUUUCAAACGACGAUGAUGUUGCCAUUACUUCGGAAGCUACUGACUGUUCUACUGGUCGACGCAAGCGAGUUCGCUGGUCUACAGAGGAAGAGGAAGCUCUCAUUGAGGGCUACAGGCUUUACCACAAGUUUUCGAACGUAUGGAUGCUCAUUAAAACGAAGUUUCCUGAUGUGCUCCGAAAUCGAUCAAAUGUCGAUUUGAAGGAUAAAUUUCGUAACCUCAGGAGAUACAACCGAAUUCUACGAGCCACUGCCGAUGGUCAUGACAAUGCCGGUGUAACCGACAAUGAUGCGACUGAUGAUAACACUGGCGCAGCUGACAAAAGUGAUGCCACAGACACGUAG